AUCAUUGAGCUAUAGCCUUCGCUCCUCGGAAGAGUACUGCAAUUGUGGGCCAGGUAGUGGGCUGUGACGUAGGUACACCCACACCCUGUCUGUCCUCAAUAUCUACAGUCCGGAGCGCCCGGUCCUGAACUUUACCAACCGUGAGAAGUCCGCUGAAGUUAAAAUCCGGGAAUCGAAGAGGCGCCCGCUUUCAUCACCUACUUUUUACUCUUGCAACAAUGGAGUUUAAUCCAAAGAGGACUGUUUUAACGCUGAUUUUCAUCCAAUGUUGGAGCGUCCCCAGGUCCUUAUCCUUUAAUGUGGGAACUGCUGGUGCCAAGGUAUUCUCUGAACCUACUGUAGAGGAGUUUGGAUACACUGUGCAACAGUUCAGGAAUCACCAAGGAAAAUGGGGAAACAGGGACGACUGCCAAAGCCGUAUUGAGGGGAGGAUGGAUGGGGCCAUGUUCGCGAGGGAUCGUUGGCCAACAACCUCCUUCCCGUCAGUAACGGAGCAAUUGAAGAUGGGUUGUGGCUGGGUCUUCCAGGAUGACAACGCCCGCAACAACACAGCAGGGCAACUAGGAGUGGCUGACUUCCGUGUGCUGGCUGCUUUCGGCCCGGUGUGGAGGUGGAGUGGAUACAACCAGGAUAGGAAAGGAGACGUCUACAAGUGUGAGAUCAGAGGGGCCAGUUCAGGAUGUCAGAGACUCAACCUGCAGAACUCAGUCAGCAUAUCAACAGUGAGUAAUGUCAAUGUCAACAUGAGCCUGGGGCUGACCCUAACCCGUACAGCUACAGAAGAUACAUUUAUGACAUGUGGACCUCUGUGGGCUCAGAAAUGUGGCAGUCAGUAUUACUACCCAGGGAUCUGUGCAGAAGUCAACCCUCUCUUCAACCCCCUGUCUUCAUUCUCACCUGCCCUUCAGACUUGUGGGGGUCCCAUGGAUAUUGCUAUUGUCUUGGAUGGCUCUAACAGUAUAUAUCCCUGGCCACCAGUUGUGGCUUUCCUCAAGAAACUGUUGGAGAACUUGGAUAUUGGACCUGACAAUACUCAGGUAAGUAUUAUACAGUACGCGGUUGAUCCGGCUUUUGAAUUCUAUCUGAACUCCUACAAAACCAAAGACUCAAUCAUUGCGGCCGCAGCGAACAUACCCCAGAAGUCAGGCCUGGAGACUAACACCUUCCGGGCCAUUGAAUUUGCCAGACGGCAGGCGUUCCUGCCUACGAACGGUGCCCGACCUGGAGCCAGCAAGGUGAUGGUGGUGGUGACGGAUGGAGAGUCUCACGACAAGGGCCUCAAAGACGACGUCAUCGGGAAGUGUGAGCAGGAGAAGAUCACCCGGUUUGGUAUUGCUGUCCUCGGGUAUUACAUAAGGAAUGACAUCGACACUAAAAACCUGAUUGCUGAGAUCAAGUCCAUCGCCAGUACCCCGACAGACAGGUACUUCUUUAAUGUGUCAGCUGAGGAAGCUCUACUUGAGAUCGCUGGAACUCUGGGAGACAGAAUCUUCAAUAUAGAGGGUACUGGGAAAGGGGGUGAUUUUCAGAUGGAGAUGUCCCAAGUGGGCUUCAGUGCACACCAAACCAAGAAGCAGAAUAUGAUGAUGCUGGGUGCAGUGGGGGCCUAUGGCUGGAGUGGUACUGUGGUUCACUACACUCCUCAGAAAUCAGACAUCUUCCCCAAGACGGCCUUCGAGAACAUUCUAGAGGACAGAAACCACAGUUCACUAUUAGGCUACUCUGUGACAACGCUGAAUGAUGGCAGCACGGAGUACUACGUGGCUGGCGCUCCUCGGUCCAACCACACUGGACAGGUCAUAGUGUACAUCAUCAACAGCAAGGGACAACCCACCGUCAUAGACUCCCAGAGAGGAGAUCAGAUAGGCUCCUACUAUGGCAGUGUACUCUGCCCUCUGGAUGUGGAUAAAGAUGGUGUGUCUGAUAUAUUGCUGGUCGGCGCUCCCAUGUUCAUGAAUGAACAGAAGAAGGAGACUGGGAAGGUCUAUCUCCUCUCUUUCACCAAGGGCAUCCUAAGUGACCAGGGGAUCCUGAAGGGUCCGUCCCCGGCGGACAACGCUCGUUUUGGGAUGUCCAUCUCAGCGGUACCUGACCUCAACAUGGAUGGUUACAGUGAUGUAGUGGUGGGAGCCCCGCUGGAAGACAACAACAGGGGGGUCAUUUAUGUCUUCAACGGGGACAAGAAGAAACUGAGGACACAGUGUUCUCAGAGAAUCCUGGGCUCCAAGCUGGACCCUGCAUUGAAGUAUUUUGGGCGGUCCCUUGACGCCAACUCCGACCUAAACGAUGACACCAUCCCAGAUGUAUCAGUGGGGGCUUAUGGGAAGGUGGUCCAGCUCUGGUCUCGAGGUCUGGCCGUGGUGACAGCGAGGGCGACCUUUAACCCAGACAAGGUCAACAUCCUGAGUAAGACGUGCAGGGUCAGUGGGAGGCUGGUGUCCUGCUUCAAUACCACUGUCUGUUUCAGUGCAACCUUCAGGCCCAACAUAUCUGUAGGACCUGUGGCUCUCAGGUACAACCUGACCCUGGAUGCUGAUCUCCAGUCGUCUCGUGUCACCUCCAGAGGUCAGUUCAGUAACUCGGAGAGAGUCCUGCAGAAAGACAUCAGGGUUUCCACCAGGGAGGUCUGUGACACCUAUGAGGUCUUUGUUCAGGAGGCCCCUGACUUUGUGAGCUCCAUUGGUCUGCGUAUGGACAUCGCUCUGCAUGACCCAGACUCCAGUCCUGUUCUAGAUGUCCUCCGUCCUACCUCAUGGGAGUUCUUUAGGUCAGUUCGUAACCUCGGAAGAGAGUCCCUGCAGAAAGACAUCAGGGUUUCCACCAAGGGAGGUCUCUCAUCUAAGAUGUUGGUCAGCUUUAAGAACAAGAGGCUGUCCUUCACUGUGUCUGUGACCAACAAGAAGGAGAAUGCAUACAACACCCGAGUCAUGGCCACAUACUCCAAAAACCUCUUCUUCGCCUCCAUCACUCCUCCAAGUGAUGAAACAGAGGUGAAGUGUAGCUCCACCCGAGAGACUCGUAGCCUCUCGUGCCAGGUGGGAUACCCAGCUUUAAGGAAGAACCAGGAGGUGACAUUCGUAAUCAACUUUGACUUCAACCUGAAUCAACUGCAGACCGAAGCCGACGUGAGCUUUGAAGCUCUAAGUGACAGCACAGAGGUGAACCCCUCAGACAACCACGCCUCUAUCUCCAUCCCUGUCCACUAUGACUCAGAGAUCGCUCUCUCCAGGGAAGCAAAUCUCAAUUUCUACGUGGUUGACAUGGACAAUGAGGUGAAGACCACAGUGAAUACUUUCAAUGACAUCGGCCCUGAGUUAAAAUUCUCUCUGAAGGUUUCUACAGGGAAUUUCCCAGUGAAUAUUGCCUACCUCACAGUCUCACUGCCCAGCGAUACAGCAGGAGGCAACCCAUUACUGUAUGUGACAGGAGUCAACACUGCACCUACUGGAGAUGUCAGCUGUGAAGUAGCCAGCCUCGUCAAUCCUCUGAAGAUCAGUGAGAAGCCCUACACACCAUCCUUCUCCAAGGAGAACCUCAUGGGCACAGAGGAGCUGAACUGUAAGACAGCCAAGUGCCAGCCUAUGAAAUGUGUCCUGAAAGACAUGGGGAUGAUGAGCGAUUUCUUUGUGAACGUGACCACACGGAUAUGGAACGGUACCUUUGCUGCUUCCUCAUUCCAGUCCACUGUGCUGACUGUGAGCACAGAGAUAGAGACUUCCCAACCUGAACUGCUGGUCAUCUCUCACAAGCACCUGACGGUUGGCGUCACCAUCAGUAAACCAGGGGUGAAAGGGGAGAUCCCUGUAGGCGUUAUUGUGGGCAGUGUGAUUGGAGGCCUGCUUCUAUUGGCUCUCGUCAUUGGCCUGCUUUGGAAGUUUGGUUUCUUCAGGAGAAAGUACCAGCAGCUGAUGAAAAACACUGAUGAAGACCAGGCGGAGACCGAGGGUCUGCAGGAGAACGCAGCAGCGUGAGAACCAGGCGCAGGAAAGAACCCAUCUUAGAAACCACAAUGUGCCAACAGACUGAGAACACAAUGACCAAAGACCACAACCACACACAAACUGAACAAACGUGAUUUGUUCAUACAUAUUGAUCAAAUGGCUUGUUAGUGGAAGGGGCUGUUUGGGUGGUGACUUUAACAUGGUUUUGGUUGUGGAGUGAACAGAAACACAUUGUUUGAGCAUGUUAGAGAGUGUGUCUUGAUUGGGACCAAAGAGACAACAGAUUUUAUUAGUGGAGGUAACAUGAUUCUCUAACACCAAACCACCAAACACCCCGUUAUGUCGGCCAUCUUGGAUCCUCCAUAGGGAAGUUAUUUAUCUACAGUGCAUUUUUGCUGGCUGAAUUCAUACUUCAGUACUGGUAUUCCUUUGUUGAGGCCUAUUGUUGAGUAAGAAGCUUGUGUAGAGUAAUUUGUCAUAUCAAUUGAUGUUAUUGAUAUCAAUUGUUGAAAAGCACAGUAGUACACUGUAAAUAGCCUUUCAAAUGGAUAUAGACAAUAGUUUACACAUGAGAGAUUAUGGACAUUAUCAUAUCAUAGCAUGUUAUCAUAUGCUAGCAUAUGACGUUCUCGGUGCUUUACAUUGCAGUGGGAGGGGUUUGGCAUUAUGUUGAUGCCGAGGCAUCCUUAUUUGUCAAGGAGAAAUUURCUUGAAUAUCAAAAUAAUAACAGAACAUCAACAACCUAUCUUUUCUACUUUCACUGAGGCACUUCCUGGCUUUGAGUAUCUCAGUCACUGUUUUACAGAGACAACGCUGUAUAAUUACCCCAGCCAUACAACUGCCUUGGGAGACACUGUGACGAUGCUGUCUUUAGAAUAUACAUCAGAUUAAUGUAAAAAUUGAUUCAUUGUACUAUUUGUAAAAAUGUAGUGAUAUUAAUCAAAGAAAGGCAGAGUUAUUGAAUGUGUAGAAAAUAAGUAUAUUUAUUGUGUGGUUUCUAUAUUAAAUAUGUAUCAUUCAAAUAUUUUAUUAUCAAUAGAUAAAACAUAACACUUAAACAAGUGUUUUACUUAUUCCUUACAUAGCUAUGGUGAAAAUGCAAUGUUUGAAGCACUUACCGGUUAAUCUGUUUAUUUUGUACAGUCAUUGUAUCAUGAUUGAGAGAAACAACAGCAACUAAUUCAUUGUAGGAUACAGACGGUAGCAAAGAGUAAACUCUCUGAGAUAAUGUUUAUGACAUAUUUUUGCACUGAUAGUUUUACAGGUGUUAUUUCAAAGGGUACAUACCACUUCCUUCAUUACGAUUUUCGAGCAUUCAUUUUUUUUAUGACAAUGUUAUUGUGUUCAUUGAACCUUUUGAUUUUGUGUUGUAAAUAUGCUGAUGGGGAAUUUUAUUUCAUUAAAAGUUUACAUAC